AUGUCACUUCGCGUUCUCAUCAAACGUGGCUUCGAAAAGCUCCAAGAUGCCAAAAAGGAGAUUGAAGAGAAAGAGCGACAAGAGAAGAAGGACCAAAAGAAUUUGGAGAGGCGGGAGGCUAAGAGACUAGAAAAGGAAAGACAAGAGAGACGAGAGAGAAGGGAAGAGAGGAGACAGAAGAGAAGGGAGGGAAAUGAGACAUUGGAGAGACAGAGGCGAGAGGAAGAUGAGAGACUUGAGAAGCAGAGACAAGAGGAGGACGAAAGGGUGAGAAGACAGAGACAAGAAGAAGAUGAGGAAUUGAAGAAAGAGAGCCAGGAAAGACGACAAAGAAGACGGGGGAAUAAGGAGGAAAGGAGGGGAAAAAGUAGGCGGCAGGAGAGCGAGAGGUAA